AUGGUCCCGACAACGUUAGGGUUUCUGUUUAUAUCGGGCAUGGCGCUCGGAGUUCACGGAAAGUGGGUGGAGGGGAGGGUGAACACUAAAGAGAACUGGGCGUUUCUGGCGCGUUUUUGUUUCCUGUCUCUAGACGGACAGUUCGAAUACUUGAUAGAAUUCGAACGCGACAUUGGAACGUUGAACUUGUUGCUGUACUACGACGAUGACAGCCAGUGGCCGUCUGUGUAUCACAGUAGCAAGACAUGCAAGGAACGUGAGGCUGUACUAAACAAAGGCGGACAAAAUCAAAUAAUAAAACUAUCGCACUGGUACCCAGACACAGAGUACUCGGGCUGUAUACUUACUCAAGCGAAUAGGGAGGUACCCCCCGGCAAAAGUUCAACGGCAGCUCCAAUAACAACGACGACAAAAUCAAAGGAUAAGAACUCAACUAAAAACGAUUUACCGGCCGAUCCUUCGUAUUACGACAAAUUUUUAAAAACGACUACCGCAAAACCUAAGUCUACCAUAGUCGAUACAAAUUUCACAACAUGGUACGAACUGUUGCCAACCGAUGAAUUUAAUUCUACCACAACUGGGUUGCCCCCCGACGAUGAAUUGUGGGAGAAUAUAGGGCCUGAGAAUAAUAUGAGCCGAUUGGAAAAUUUGAAGGACGUCGAAAUUAUGUUUGAGCAUACUAGCAACACCGGACAAAAAAUCAAACGUUCAACGUUUGAAUUAUACGAACGAUAUCGUCGGCGUAGAUUGUAUUCGGAGUCCAAUCAAAACGAGCUCAGCAGCUCGAACGGGAAGACGGUAAAGUUUAUCGUUAGCUGCCAUAAUUCUAGAAGGUUCCGCUCGGCGAGGGAACGGUGGUGGUUCAUCGGUAUCAGCAACUGUGACAAUCCAAAGGGAUUGGAUGUGCGUUACAAAUUUUUGAUGACGAAUGGACCUAGCGGGGAUUUUUGGCAUGAACAUUUUUCGGCGGAUGAAUUUUAUGUGCUCCCCAUCCUGUUAUCUUAUACAUUCGCGUACGUGAUAGUCAUGGUGGCCGUGGUGAUGUGCAGCGUGGAACUCAAGUGCCGUCACUUGCUGCACACCACCUAUAAGCUGUUCCUGGUGUCCCUCGUCGCCCAGCACUGUGGAAUCGCUCUGCAGACCCUGGCGAAUAUCCGAUACGCCUACAAUGGAAUUGGCAGUGCUAGUGCUAAAAUUACAGGUCAAUUUCUGGGUGGAGUAUCGGAGACGAUGUUUCUACUGCUCCUGAUAUUGAUGGCGAAAGGAUAUACCAUUACGCGUGGUAGACUCAAGGUUGCUUUCACAAUAAAACUGACGAUCUUCAUGUGCUGCUAUAUACUGACAUAUGUGGUGCUGUUUAUUUAUCAAGCAAAGGCCUUCGAUCCAGGAGAAGUUCUCUAUUUAUACGAAAGUCCAGCAGGCUAUGGGCUGAUUGUCCUCCGCGUGGCCGCUUGGUGCGCUUUCGCCUAUGCUACGUUUUUUACAGUCAAAAAGUGCCCUGAAAAGAAUAUGUUCUAUUGUCCGUUUUUCAUCUGUGGCACUCUAUGGUUCUUCGCUGGACCGCUUUUUAUAUUAACGGCGAAUUCUUAUAUUGAUAAAUGGGUACGCGAAAGCGUCGUCACGGCCGUCCUUCUGUUCAUCACGUUCAGUGGUCACGUCAUGUUCUUGCUGUUAACACUGCCUGUGUUCGCGAACAAAAAUUUCCCGUAUCACGUUCGAACAACACAAAUUGGAGUUAUGGAGGUUACCCACAGCUCCAAUUUAGACAGGUUUGGGCCGACGGCUUACCAUCCCAGCGAUGGCCCAGCCCGGACUGUUAUCAUACCGCUAACGAGGCGAACAGAAGAAUUAAUAGACAAUAUGUACAGUCAAUAUAUGGCGACGGCGCCGCCAUUAUCAUUGGAAAAUGGAACGCCAAAAGUUAACGGAGUAAAGAAAAUUGAAAAGAAUACGUCUAAAAACGGUCUCACGCCUCUUGCAAGCACGGAGACAAACUCUUCAGACGACAUAAAUCCUUCUAUAAAUGAUAAUGAGGUUUUCACCGUUGACAGUCAGAUGUCAAAAAUAGAGCAAAAUGCGCGGGAAAACGAAAUGUCAAAUCAGUCAGUGUUGCCAAAUAAUGAGAAUUCGACAAGCUUAGGGAACGGAGAGAACGAUAAGGUAGAUUUACCGUUGAUUUUAAGGUCUAAAAGAAAUAUUUUGGCGCCCAUACAGAGAGAUGUUCCCAUUUGGUCGUUGGCCAAAGGCCCUUGUGUUGUCGCCAUGCAGUUGAAAACAUCGACAAGCUUAACCGAAGAAGAUAAUCAGCAAAAUACAUCAAACGGUAAGAGACCUUCGAUUCGUAGCACACAAUCAAAUUCUGGCGAUAUGAGCACAAUACACGAAGGUCGAGAGAAAAAUUAUGUUAGGACGCCGACAGAUAUUUUCACUGUACCCACUAGAGGAUAG